CCGGGCUCCUUCGACGAAAGACUGCCCUCCUAUCCCAACAGAUUCUGCUUCAAUGAAAACCAAGCAGGGCUCUUCACCUACUUUUUUGAAGCGCUUCAAGACACGGUUACGCAGUAUGUCCCGCGGCAAAGAUGAGGUUCCUGAAGCGAAGGUGGAUGCACCGCCCAUCCCCAAUAUGGGUGUACCAAAGAAUCCCAGCAUCACACUGGUUGUCCAAGCGCCUACCUCGAGACCUCAUGGUCCAGUGCGUCGCAUGUCGAAAGCAAGUUUACUCGCCGCUUUCAGUAACAAGUCGACGGCGUCCCUUGUCAAAAACGCAUCUGCGGAAACACAAACGUCUGAUAGCAAAGCACCCCCUCCAUAUCGCUCCGCUCUUUCCGAUGCUGUGCCUCUCCCCGAGGGGAGAGGAGAGGAGGUUGCCCAAGGAAAGGACGUCGAUCCCACUCUCGUGCCUCUUCCGGAGUCACCCAUCAUUUCAUCAUUGGAAGUCGAUGGCAUGAUGGAGUCGCCUACACAGGAGAAGCAUAAUGAGUUGGAGUUGGGAGGCACCGUAACCAGCCGCCGCAAAAUCAUCUUGCAGGAAUCUCCCGAUAUCAUUCGCAGUCGUCAAUCGCCAGAAUCCCCGGUUAGCAAGCGUAGCGCGAUACAGAGUGGCAGCAGAUCGAGCAAGUUUUUUGUAGGAGAUUCCGACGACGAGGAGGACGUGGAGGAGGUAAAACAGACGACAUUGCCGUCGGAUUCACCGCCCAGUAGCCAAAGUCCCGUAUCACGAAGCGCAAGGAUUGGCGGCUCGC